GGCGUGGCCUCUCUCACGCUUCUUCUCUGUCAGUGGUGAGUGGUGUUGUAUCGCGGUUUUGCUGUGCCGUUGUUCAUAUUGUUGCAAAGUAAUUGUCAUGGCUUCGGAACGAUAUAGUUUUUCGUUAACAACCUUUAGUCCAUCAGGCAAGCUAGUCCAAAUAGAAUAUGCCUUGGCCGCCGUAGCCGCCGGUGCACCAAGCGUAGGCAUCAAGGCGUUAAACGGUGUCGUUCUUGCCACAGAAAACAAGCAUAAAUCCAUUCUCUAUGAUGAACACAGUGUCAGCAAGGUCGAAAUGAUCACGAAACACAUCGGCAUGGUCUACAGUGGCAUGGGUCCAGAUUAUAGAUUAUUAGUGAAGCAAGCACGGAAAAUGGCACAACAGUAUCUUCUGGUGUAUCGAGAACCUAUCCCGACCGCGCAGCUCGUGCAACGCGUCGCGAUGGUCAUGCAAGAGUACACGCAAUCUGGAGGUGUUAGACCCUUCGGAGUGUCUCUUCUGAUCUGCGGUUGGGACAAUGACAGGCCCUAUCUCUUCCAAUGCGAUCCGUCCGGCACAUAUUUCGCAUGGAAGGCAACCGCGAUGGGUAAAAAUUUCAUUAACGGCAAAACGUUUCUCGAAAAGAGAUACAGCGAGGAUUUGGAAUUGGACGAUGCCGUACACACUGCCAUCCUGACGCUGAAGGAAGGUUUCGAGGGGCAGAUGACCGCGGACAAUAUCGAAGUCGGCAUUUGUGAUGCCAAUGGAUUCAGAAAAUUGGAUCCAUCCAACGUCAAGGAUUAUCUCGCAAAUAUUCCUUAAGUUACGAAAAUUUUCUUUUUAAUAUAUCCUUUCAAAGUAAAAUGGCAUAAUCGUUAACAAUAAUUUGAAUCUGGUUCUUGCAAUAAAUAUCCUAUCCAAAGUAAA